AUGCACGAGAUUACUGCUGCUUUCACCCAUGCUGUUCUACUUACCAACUACCCCAUGGCUGGUAUGGUACUCGACUUCAAUCACAAAUGUGCUGGUCCAACAAGUAUCUUUCACUAUCUCAACGAGCUCCCAGAAGAUGCCUACAGCUCAGCAAGAAUCUCCGGAGGUGAUCUACUCUGCCGACGUUUUGCUGCUGGUUUCAAUGGGCACAACAGCGGUCAACACGACCUACUCCACUAUAUGCCUGACACAAAGCGCCUUGAGGUCCGCUCUGGUGUCACAUCCGGUAUAAUCAACGACUUUCAAGCCUUCACAAGCUGGCUACCUCGAAAUUCCAUCAGCACACUGGUUCUCAGAGACAUCACCACUUACUGGGAGGGCAAACUCGACACCUUUCUUACCCACAACCCCCAACUCGAACAUCUCGAACUCCACUCUUGCCAAUUUUGGGGUCUUGAGUGGAGCGAGAUCUUUGCGCAGCUUAUCUCAGACGCCGAUAACGACGAGCCUCUUCCUCAACUCGAGUAUUGCUGUUUUACAGAUCUGCGUCUCCAGGAGCCGGAGAUCUAUACACGUAUUACGGAGCUUGUUAGUGCUUGCAAUGAGAGACAUGAGUAUCGUGGUCACGAGCAGAUCAAGCAAGGACUGGUUUUGUUGAGUGCAAGGUUUCAGACUCUGGAGGAAACGGACUUCUUGAGUGAUAGUGAUGACACUGAUGUUACUGAGGAGAACUUGAACUGA